AUGGAAGACAAAAUACCAGUUCGGGGUCGUUCUAGGCGUGAAGGGCAGUGGAUUAGUUAUUAUCAUCAUUACCAUGCAGAAAUUUUUAUUGCAGUUAUUGAUUUAAUUGCCACUGAGAUGAAUAAUCGGUUCAAUGAGACAACCACAGAGUUGCUAAUUUGCAUAUCUUGUCUUGAUGCAAGAGACUCAUUUUCCAGAUUCCAUCAUGGUAGGCUACUUCGCCUUGUAGAAAUUUAUUAUGAUUAUUUUUCUAUACAAGAUCUUCAAGUCCUAAAAGAGCAACUUCACACCUAUGUUCAUGAUGUUAGAAGAAGUUCUGAUUUUGUUGAAUGUGAUGACCUUGCAAGUCUUGCUGUGAAACUUGUUGAAAAUAGGAAGCAUUUGGUAUUUCCAUUGGUUUAUCGCCUUAUUGAAUUGGCUUUGAUCUUACCGGUGGCAACAACAUCAGUUGAAAGAUCCUUCUCGGCCAUGAAUAUCAUCAAAGCGGAUUUGCGCAAUAAAUAG